AUGGCGGCGAGGAACACGCCGGUGCGGGAUGAGCUGGUGCUGAGCCUGGACGACAUCCUCCCGGUUCUCAAGAACGGGGACGGGAUUCCGGUCGUGAAGCACAGCAACCGCGGUCAGAGCGACCAGCGGCGGCUCCGCCUAGACACGGAUGAUUCAACCCUUGAGGUCUUCCGCCAGAGCACGAACGCGUACUACUUCAACCGGAAGACUCGGGCGUACAACCUGAGGAACCUGGAAGAGGCGCUGGGCUACGGCAGCCGGUCGCGAGGGGUGGGGCCCGCAACGAGUGUCCCUGGGGCCCAAGGAGGCAGGGCCGCGAGUCCUGGGCGGACCCUAGUCUUCGUGUUCAGCAACCGAACCCUCUACGUGACCGUCGAAACCCGUGAAGUGUGCGCCGCCCUCGUGGCGCUCUUCCGGCCGGCUGGCUCCGCGCUCCCGAACGGUUCGAGGGGCGGGCAGCAACAGCAUCAGGGGGGAGCGGUCACCGCUGCGCAGGUGGGCGGCGAGGACAGGGACACGGCCUCCUCCGCCUCCGCUACCGCCGCCGCCGAUCUGGCCGUGAGAAACAGGUUUCACUUGUCGCCUGGCGGCGACGGACCGUCGAUGUGGGGCGGGGGUCGCGCUGGAGCCGGAGCGAGGGCGGGGGCGAGGCCGAGGCGGGCCUCCGAGAACGCUGCGUCGGCGCGGAGAGCUCUGGAGCACCACUCCAGGAGUGCCCGCAGUGUCUCCGGGACGGGGGAUGCCAGGAACACGAAUGGCCACCCGAGCAACAUGAGGAGGAGCAGAGGCGUGGUGCGGGGAGAGACCGGGGGAUCGAACGGGAUUAGAGGGAGGACCGGCAGGCGCAGCGAGGGCGUGCUGAUGCGAUCGGUGAGCGACACCCUGGGGGCCGAGCUGCUUGACGUGGACGGGGUGUCGACGUCCUCGAGCGACGAGGAGCGGGACGGGCCGGCGGCCCUGGCGAGGACGCCGGUCGGGUCGUCCUUCGACGGGUCGCAGCAGCGGUCGCCGAAGAGCACGUCCGAGUCCCCUGACGCGAUCGUGAGGUCGAGGAUGGUGGGCUUCGGCUCAACCGACGUCCGCAAGUCGAAGCGCGCCGGCAAGGGGUCUUCGAUUAUCCCCACUUGGGCCCGGUUCUCGGAUUCCAGCGAGAGGAGGGGCCCGUCCCCCGCCGCCGCCCCCGCCGCCGCCGCCGCCACGCCGGUGUCGGCGUCGGCGCUGAAGCCCGCUUCCCGCCUCAAGAACACCGGGCUCGCGAUCGAGGGCAAGGCUAACGUGAAAGAGGACGCGGGGGAGGCAGUCUCGGCGGAGGGGUUGCGGCACAAGAGCAGCUCGAGCGAUCCGUCCACCACGACCUCCACGACGCUGUAUGGCGGUGGUCACGGUUCCCCGAGCGGCCCGCUAGCUGUUCGCAAGGAGGACCGGCUCACCGCGGAGUCUCUCCGUCGCCCGGCCAGCGCUCCCGGCGGGGUCUUGGCCACCGACGCGAAGGAGUCGCCGCUGGCUUUCCAGGACCCGGCGCCCGCUCAGCCCAGCAGAGCCAGUAGUAAGUCUAGGCCGUUGAACUCAUCCCCACCGGAAAGACAUGAGAGGGCGAGCCCGCCACUCGGACGAGGCCGGGUUAACGCCCCCCAGCUCCUGCCGCCGGCCGGCGCCGGCACCGGCACCGGCGGCGGCGGCGGCGGUGGCAGCGGCAGUGGCGGCGCGCUGCAAAACGAAGCUUGCGCGUUUUCGCGCCGGCCGGAGCUCUCGCCGACGGUCGCGCGCAACAGCAACACGACCGCCCCCGCCACCCCCGCCGCGGUCCUAUCGCCCCCGCCGCCGCCGGCGCCGGAGCUGGCGCCGGCGCCGGCGCCUAAACCGAAGGGGGCCGUCCCCACCUUUGAACCUCGUAUAGUCGACAAGCGAAAGAUACCACCUUUGGCAAGACCUCUAGCGACGGACCCGCCGCUAUUGCAGCGGCAGCAGCAGCAGCAGCACGGAACCCCGGAUGCAGCCGCGGUCGCGCAGAAGCGGUUCGAGGCCAUAUAUCGCGACAGCAGCUACGACAGCAGCGAGUCCCCGCCUCUUUCAACGUCCGGGCGAGAGGUGUUGGCGGUGCCGAGGAGGGCGGAAGCGGCGCCUAGGAACGGGGGGGCGCGCGGGGCAGGGGCGGGGGCGUUGGAACGAAGAGGGGUCCCGGCGAAGCAAAGGUUCAGCAGGAGUUCUUCGGUGGACAGCCUUGAGGUUGACGAGUCGUACCACCCCCGCCACCCCCGCCACACUGACAGGCCCAUGUACGUAAGGAGCUCUACGAGCUUUUCGGAAGAGGACGUUGUUGCGGGGGUGGGCGGGCGGAGGAGCAGCGCGGGCGCACCGGCGCACCCGGGCCCGUCGGCCUCGCGAGGUGUGCAAGAGGGGCAGUCGGCCGUCAAUAAGGCUGGGAGGGGAACGCAGGAGCAAGAGACGGUGGCCGGCAGACGUCCCCGGCAAGCGGAAGAAGACGCCGCCGUUGGUGUCGCCACGCUUGUCUCGAGGCGGAGCCCCGAGACCGUCGCCACCCCGUCGCACACCUCCAGCAGCUUGCCCCUCUUAGACGAGAGACACCCUUCCGUGGUCAUCAAAGACAUGGGAGGGGGCACGGGCGGCGUGGCGGGCGAGAGGGCCUCGGGGGGCAUGAUGACGACCGUCGACAGGCUGGAGUCGUUCGGCACUUCGAGGACCGACUCCUUCGGCCCUCCGAACUCGGACAAGUCGGUCGGCAAGCUCACCAUCCAGCCCGCCCUGUCUCCCGACGUGUACGCCGCGCCGUCGGAGGCGGGGACCACAAUGACGUGCGACAGCGGCAGCCUGCCCUUCGCGCCCACGCCGGCCGCGGUGGCGGCGGCCACGGCGGCGCCGGGGGCGUUCAACGGCAGCAGGGGCAGCCGGGGGAGCAUGGUCAGCUACGGCAGCAGAGGCAGCGAGGGCACGGAUUGCACGUCUCCGGGCUCGCCGCCCGGCGGGGCUGUGGGAGAGGCCAGGGCGUCGAUCUACCUGCCCACCGCCGGGGUGAGGGCGAUCCCGGCGAUGUCCGGCCUGCACCUGAGCGGCGGGGCCCCGCGAGACGAAGCGGCCCAAGGGCCCUCGGGCUUCGAGGAGCUGUGGGCGGUGCUGGAGCCAACGUGGGAUAUCAACUCCUCCUUCGGGGCGUCGAAUGCGCCGAAGGCCAUGCUCCUCGGCGGCGUCUACGAGAAGCUGCGCAGCUUCCAGGCGGCGGUGUCGAGCGUGUGCGUCCGCGCGUGCGGGCCGGUGCUGGGCGAGGUCUGCAGGAGGUGCGCGCGGGCGUGGGCGGUGCUGAUCUCGAGUUCGGUGCAGGACAUCGUGAAGUGCACGGACCUGGUCCGGAUAGAGUCGAGCGUCCUGCAGCUCAUCGACGUCGUGGAGCGCUACAGGGCCAGCGCGGUCGUGCGGCGCUUCACCCUGCCCCUCAUCGGGGAGGAGACCGCGUGGACAGAGAUCUUCGCGGGCGGGGAAGGGGGCGACCUGCAGGAGCCCUGCGCGAGGAUAGAGAAGGCCAUCGUCGAGCUCUCGGAGAAGGAAGGCGAGGGAGGCAAGCGCAGCGGUAGCGGCGCCGGCGCCGGCGCCGGUGGGUCAGCAGGAGGAGGCAGUGGCUCCAGCAGGCCCGGGCUGCGGGGAAGCUUCUCGAUGGACCUGAAGCUGCCGCCCUGUCCGUCCUACUGGGCGAAGGGGCAGUUUGACCAGCUCACCCCGAACCGUCUCGCCGACGUCGUGACGCUGCUCCAUGAGCCCGCCCGGUUCGCGGAGCUGGCGGAGCUCGUGACCCACGCGAGCGACGUGGGCCCGGCGAGCCGCGACUACAGCGCGGCCUGGAACUGCGUGCGCAGGGCGGAGGGCCCGGCGCUCGGCCGGGAGCUGAGGCGGGCUCUUUCGGCGACGCUCGUGGCAGCGGGCGAGCUCCCCCUGCCGCGGGUACCCCCACCCCCGCCGGCGUACGUGCCCAGGAAGAAGCUCACGGAGCAGAUAGAGGCGACCAUCCUGCACCCUUUCCUUCCGCUGGGGAUCGCGGGGAUCGGCGGGCCCAGCGGGUCGGGCAAGACCGUCCUCGCCGCGGCGGUCGUCCGGGACGCCACAGUGCGCCGACGGUUCGGGGACCGAGUCUUCUGGCUGCACGCGGGGAAGGGGGCGGACCACCGCCUGGUCUCGGUCCUGCAGAGCCUCGCCGACACGGUGUACGCGUGGCUGACGGACGGCGAGCAUGCUGGGGUGGCAUCGUCGUCCGCGUUGCCAAGACGCAGCGUGGGCAGCGGCGGCGGGGGCGGUGACGCGGGCGCCGCGCUGGCGGACCCGAACCUGCGAGAACCGGUGCGUUUCCGGGACCAGGACCAGGCGGUGAACUACGUGGCGGACCUGUGCCGGGGGCCGCUGCUGGCCGGUUUCCGCUGCCUGGUGGUGGUGGACGACGUGCACGAGAGGGAGGUGGUGGACGCCCUGUGGAAGUCGGGCUGCCAGCUGCUCGUCACCAGCCCGGUGAAGGGCCUGCUGCAGGCGGUGGGGGCGGAGGCGACGGUGGCGCGGCCGCUGGGCAUGGAGGUCGCCAGGCAGCUGGCGACGAGGGCGGCGGGCGAAGUGGCGCUGUGCGAGGAGGGGGGGCGGCUGGUGGACCUGUGCCGCGGGUGCCCGCUGGCGCUGGCCAUGUCAGGCGCGAUCACGCAGGCGGUGUUUAGCGGCGGGAGCGAUGCUCGAGAGUACCGGAAUCCCGGGCUGGCCACGCCCAGGUCAACAAUCGGCGAGGAUACGGCAGCGGGCGGUGGCGGUGGCGGUAGAGGUAAAGAAGAAGAACCGAGCACUUGGUCGUUUAGCACUCUGGCCGCUCCCGUCGGAGCCUGGGUGGAGCAGGUGGUGGUGGGCACCUCCGGUUCGCCGCCGACCAAUCGGCAACGCCAAGGCGGCGAUGCUCCGUCGUCCAAAGAUAAGCGGAGACCGGCGGCAACAGGCCCCGAGGAAGACGUCCGUGGAGUAGCAUGUGCGGGCGGUGAUGGUGCGGUGGCGGCGGCGGCGGCGGCGGCGGCGGCGACCGUUCCGGGUCACGAGCUAGGCCCGGAGGCGACGGCGUGGGCGAACCUUGCCCGAAGGGUUGACGCCGCGCUUGCGAGGCUGGGUCAGAGUCGAAGCGCGCUGUGUGGUUUGCUCGCCGAGGCGGGUCCCGAGCAGGAGUUGCCAGUGCGUCAGCUGGUGGCGGUGCUGACAGAGCUGGCACUCCAGGAGGCGGACAGAAUUCUGGGCGGCUCGGGAUGGGCGGUGGAGUGCUACCUCUCGUUUGCCCUUCUUCCAGAGGGGCACCCCCUGCCCCCGCCCGCGCUGGAGGAGUUUUGGCGUAGCGGGCAGGGGGACGAGGAAGGGGCUGCCGCCGCCGCCGCCGCCGCCGCCGGCCGGGGCGGUUCUUCUUUCGCGGCGGCGCACAAUCUCCCGUCGCCGGUAGAAGUCUUCGAAGCGCUCCGGAUGGUGUGCCGGGCGGGCGGGGGCGAGGGCGCGGACGGGCUCGUCCUGCACGGGCUGCAGCGGCCGGUGGUCUCGUGCCUGGCCCUCAGGCACCCGGAGGCCAUGCAGAAGGCGGCGCGCCGCAGAGCGCGGACGCUGUCCCGGAUAUCAUCCCUCGUGGGCACCUUCGACGAUGCCUGCUGGGGGUUGCGGGGCGCGGAUACUGGGACAGGGGGCGCGAGUGGCGGCGAUGACAGCAGCGGCGGCGAGGGUGUUGCUGACGCGAUUCCGUCCGGGCUCCUGGGCAGUGGCCGUCCCGGCCCGCCGCACCACGGGUACGGCGGUUUUUCCCGGUACGACUAUCUGGUGGCCUCGUGGGACGCCCUCCCCGCUCCUUACUCGCUGACGUCCGCGGUGGCUGGGUACGUCUCGUCGGUGAGGGCGGCCUACCGGGCAGCGAAAGCGGCGGCGGCGGCGGCGGCGUUGGUAUCGUCAGGGGGGAACAAGGCCGAGGGCGGCGCGGAGGGAGCCGCCGCCGCCGCCGCCGCAGGAGGGGCGGGGGGGUGGGCCGCGGCGCGAGCGCUGGCCUCGGCGGCGGACAUGCUGGCGCUGGCGGGGCAGCUGUCGCGGGCGAUAGCCGUGUACGAGGAAGCCUGCGGCCUGCUGGCGGAGGAGGCGGCGCGGGCGGCGGGGGCGGUGGGGGUCUCGCAGAAGGAGCGGGCGGCGAGGGAGUCGCACCACAAGGUGGCGUCCAUGCUGCGGGAGGUGGCCAUGCUCGCCGCGCAGUUCGAGAGGGAGGCGCCGGCGAUACGGCUGCUCCAGCGCGCCGUAGAGAUGCACCUGUCUGCGCUGGAGGCGAGCGGGGUGCUCGUGCCUCACUUCGCCGGGGGGAACGAGCACAGGUCGAAGCUCAAGGCCGACGGCGGUGAUGCCGCGGUGGCGGCGGCAGCGGCCGCUGCAGAGGCGCAAGGGAGGGGGGCAGACGUUACGUAUCGGGCAGUAGUGGACGAUGCGCGGCCGCUCUGUUCGCGGCUGUGGCUGCAGUUCCCCGUCGGAACACGGGAGCGCGCGGCGUCGGCGGGUAGAGGGGACGGCGGCGGUGGCGGCGGCGGUGGCGGCGGAGGGAACGGCAACCUGCCGGCGUUCGGUAGGCUUGACGUUGUGGGGACGUGCGUAGGGGACCUCGGGCUGGUGCUGGCGUGCACGCGGGUGCUGCGGCAGGAGGGGAAGGUCGACGAGUCCGCCCAGCUCGCGGAGAAGGUGUACCCGGUGCUCAAGGAGAUCCUGGGCGCCGACCAUGCCUUCACCAAGGCCGCGCUCGCCGCGUUCGUCGGGCAGGGCAUCGUGGACCAGUGCUGGAAGGAGGCGGACGUGCACGGCAGCGGCAGCAGCGGCGGGCACCCGUCGCUCCCCAGCCCCACGUCUCGCCGCCGGCUGGCGAGGAGCUCCGGCGGGCGUGGCGCGUCCGCCGCCGCCGCCGGGAGCGCCGCCGCCAGCGCCGCCCAGAGCACGGCCGGGUCUUCGUCGCUAGCGGCGACGACGCUGUCAGACCUGUCGCUGCCGCCGUCCCCCCUCCCCGAGGAAUUUUACGCCAGGUACUCGUCGUCCGUAAACAGCGCGAAGAGCGGCCGGGGGGACGCCCCAGCAGUCGGCCACGGGGGAAACGGCGGCGGCGGUCGCGGCCGCGGGCGAAGCAACAGCGGUUCCAGCGGUUCGGUGACCUCCGGCACCGAGGGCGACGACGGCGAGGACAGCGACAGCGGCAGCAGCGGCCCUCUAGGGGUGCACAGGCGGGCGGGGCCCGUGGGCGGGGGCGCGUACGGCAGCCUGUCCUUUCCCAGGAGGGUGCUCAACGGCGGGAGGCAAGAGCACGGGUGGCGGAUGGAGGGGGCGCACGGGUGGGGCCAGGGCGAGACGGCGGCCGCGGCGUCGUCGUCGUCCGGCGGGCUCCAGAGCUCGCGGAUGCAGAAAGAUAUCUACUUCCGGCACCGCACCCGCAGGGCGCGGGCGCAUGCGUUUCUCAUCACGGCGGCUACGCGCGCCCGGCUCAAGAACGCGGAUCGUGACGAGGCAGGGCUGUUCUUGCGAGAUCUCGGGAGGCAAGCCGGUGCGACAUUAUCCAGCAACAACGGCGGCGGCGGCGGCGGCGGGCAUGGUGUGGCGGGGUUGGCGGCAUCUCCCGAUGGAACUCCGCAGAUGCCCAGACUAACUAGACGGUCGUAGACGUUUGCUGUGCGAAGAGCGUUUGGUUGUUUUCCGGUAGGCGUUUUCAGGUUGCUUUAGACACGAAAUAUAUUCAUGUCCGGAUAUCGCUCAGCAAACAAAGAGGACGUUCGUUUUCCUUCCCUUCCACCUCCUUCAUUUUUCUCUGUUGUUUCUUGUGCUGUCAGGGCCUAAGAAGCGUUGGGGGUCUCGAGCAUUUGCGCAAAGUACUCCCCCGCCCCCUCUGCUGGCCUGGUCAUCGUUAUUGUAGAUUUGCCCCCCCGUGUGGUGUUGUCCUCGAUGCAUUUUUCGUUGGUCUCCUCCCCCUUUCCCUUUCCACCUUUUAGUUUUUGUGCUUGCUUUGCCGCCAUCGCCAUCUAGGUGGGAAAUGAUGAUGGUGGAUGACUUGAUGUAUUGCGAACGCAUCAGUAGUAACUCGUGUGCAGCAGAACGGAGCUUUGUGAAAGGAACAGCACUAUCAGUCUAGUCGGCGCUGCUGCUGUACUGCCAUGUGUCGAGUUCUGUAGAAGGCAAGGAAGUCCAACGCCCACGUGCUAGGGAUCAUUAUGACAUGUACGAUGGGUUUUGCGGUGUGUGGGCGCGGUUUGUAUAUGGGAGUCACUGGUCGUAGUUCAAGCGGUCCUCUCUGGUCUUGUUGUUGAUGCUUGUGCCGCGUUAUGGUAUUUUACCCUUUGCGAAGAACUCGAGCAGCCGGGUCGUCAUGUUUGAUGACUAUUCUCACCACACUCGGUAGAUAUGUUUUGGCGUUCAUGUGUCACGUCAAGCGACGCAUUCAUUCGAUCCAUACGGGCGGGUAUGUAGAUUAUUAGGGGAGGCACCGUCCGCCUAAGUGUUGUGUCUGCUGCUGCUACCGCUUCUGCUGCUGCUGCUGCUGUUGUAGGUUGUCGUUGUCUGUUAAAGCGUCCGACGUCUCUCUUUGUUGAUUUUUCCUGGCCGACUCCAUUGUGCCGCAUGCCGUUCGAGCGCCAAGAAAAAGAAAGCAUUCAUCCCGUGGGUUAUAGGGGUGGCUAUGGAGCAAUCUUCUGGCUACUCAUGUAGCAAGCUUCUUGUUGCCGAAGAGAACCGUGUAUUGCCGAGCGCUUCUGCCUUCCUUCAAGUUUCAAGUAAAAAUAAUAUUUCCAGUCAGUCAGGUGGGUCUGUUUUUGUGUUCAUUUGGGCAUCCACUGUUUCUCCUGUUGUCGUUGUUAAUGGUGUUUUUGUGUCCGACUCGCCACCCUCACCGCCAUUGGCUACCUGGUGACCGGUUGGUUGUGAUCGCCCGGGGGUGGCAGCGUGGCUUGUGGUUGGUUGGUUGCCUCUUUACUCUUUUUUAUUACUGUACGCCUUCUUUGUCUCCUAGCAAGAGGCCGUCCGCACAUUAUGCGCACGUGCUUAGCCCUUCCUCUCCUUGUUCCGAUACUUCGCGGCUUUGUACGUUUUUACUCCUCCGGGUAGUGGGGGAGAGAUGUGAUAGCGCUUGUGCGGUGGGGGUCCUGUAACCCAGUUCCCCAUCUGUCUCUCUUUUUCUUUUGCUCUUUUUUUUUGUUCCCCGGGAGUCUGAGGUAACAAAACAGGUACAACACGCACACGCGCGCAGGCGCAAAUCUAAGUGGCGGUGACUGGUCGAGACAAAGAGUUGGAAGGUUCCAUCUACAGACUGUGUGCCAGUUUUGAUAUUUUUUUAAGGGAGUCUAUCGUCCAACCAAAGCGAAUGUUUGGUGGAGGUUGGUAGCGAUGAUGCUGGAGCACUCUUUGCUGUAAGUGAUGCUGCCAGUCCGUGGCGGUGUAUGCGUUCCGGAAGAAGAGCGGAGGGAAGGCGUCAUCACCAGUAUUAACAGACAUUCUUGGGGACUCUUUAUUUCUCGUUUUUAACGGGUGUCGCGUAGCAUCGAUAGCUCGGUGUUGUGUGUGUACGUACGUCCAUCCAUCGGUUCAAAUGUAUAUUUCGAGAAGAAUGAACGCAACAGGGGUCGGUUACGACGACCAACAUGGCGUUGGGGGGCUAAAUUUUAUGGUUGUAAUCUAUGCUGUUAGUACUGCUGUUUCGAUCCAUCCAUGCUCUCGUACGUGUUCAUUCUCAGCUAUCUGUCAGGGUCGUGCCUGCGGGAUGCAGUAGGGGGCCGGGUGUCGUUGCACACGGUCAUACUGUCAUAAUGUUUCUCUUCGCCGCAGCUU